UGAUGUUGCAGAACAACAUGACUGAAGAGGAAACAAUGGCCCCUGACUACUAUGAUGUCAUCUACGGAGACGAGAUAUGUCGCAAAGAUGAAGUAGUGAAAGUUGGAUCCAUUAUUAUUCCAGUCUUUUUCUCAGUAGUGGUUGUGUUAAGCUGCAUUGGUAACAUCCUUGUUCUGGUCAUUCUGGCACUUUAUGAGAGUCUCAAAUCUCUGACCAACGUGUUCAUCCUCAAUUUGGCUCUGUCAGAUCUGCUGUUCACUUUUGGACUUCCAUUCUGGGCCUCGUACUUCAUCUGGGGUUGGACGUUUGGAGAGAUUGGCUGUAAAGCGGUGAAGUUUCUGUUCUAUGUUGGCUUUUACAGCAGUGUGUUGUUCUUAACUCUCAUGACCAUUCAGCGUUACAUGGCAGUGGUUCAUCCUCUGUCUGACUGGGAGAAAUGCAGAGGCUUUUCAGUCGCUCCCUUUAUCGUUUGGAUCCUGAGCGGAGCGGUUUCACUGCUCGGAUCAUUUAAUAGCAAGGUUAUACCACAUUUAAAUAAUACAUACUGUGAAUAUGACAGUGUUGAAAUUAAAUCUGGCAUUGCUUAUUUUCAAAAUGCUUUUUUCUUCUUUGCAUUUCUAAUCAUGGGUUUUUGCUAUGGCAGAAUGCUUCAGACAAUAACAAAAUCUAGGACCAAUAAGAAACACAAGACCGUUAGACUAAUAUUCUGCAUUGCACUGGUGUUUUUUAUUGGUUGGGCUCCAUAUAACAUUGUUAUGUUCUUAAAAUCUUUGACCGAUCAGAAAAUCCAAGCAUUCACAGUCUGUGCAGAAAAUUCCUCUUUCUAUCAAGCAGCAAAAGCAUUAAGUUUUGAGAAAAUCAUGUUUUAAAUUCUGUUCUUCUUCAUUCAAGGUCUUAUAAAAAUAUAACUGGAAAUACGUAAUUGAAGAACCAAUGACAAAUGUUCAAUUUUCCUUCAAGUGUCGUCAUUAAAGCAGAAAUUAUUUUCAUAUGAAAUUAACUUAUAU